AUGAAAAAGCGCGGCCCCUCCACGCGCAUGUCCCUCCUGAACCAAUCGGACGCGACUGGACGGGAACUCCGUCUCUGGCUGCUCUCGGCCUCGACGGUCCAUGGCGUGACGUUCUACCGUAUUGCAGGCCGGUUUACCUCAAGUGGACAGACGUGGGAAGUGAGUCACCGGUACUCGGAGUUUUUGAAACUCCGGGACCAGCUGGCCAAGUUCCUGUCGGCGUCUACGGACAAGUGCCCCGGCUGUCGCAAUUAUCUCCAUUCGAUCCAGCGGUUCGACUUUCCUAAGAAACACCUGUUUGCAUCGAGGGCGCCGCCUGUUGUGAAUUACCGGGUCAAGGCCUUGCGGUCAUUUUUGAACUUGCUCGCGUCGUGGGCGUUCUCCAAGACGCCCAAGUGUCCCACCUGUGGGGGCUACGCUUUCGAGAUGGUGCGGACUUUUGUACUGGAAGGGGACAGUGUGUCAACGGUCAAUGCAGAUAUGGAUGCUAUCCGAGAGUCCGUCACGGUCGCCGCUUUUGCCGAGCCUAAAUCGACGAGCUCAAGGGGUUUUUGUAUGGACACUGGCAGUCAGAGCUGGAUGACGGCAAGUUCAUCGGGAGAAGCUGAUACGACUCAGAGCAUGGAGGGGAUGUUACCAGGACAGGAGGGGAGACCCGGUCAAGAGAAGACUCUAGGAGACCCACAGCAGUCGAGGGUACUGCAUCCCCAACAUUCUCAGGAUCAAGUUUCAAGUGGUCGGCGCUUGCCAGCGCAGCAAAGGUGCUACCAGGACGACGAUCCCUAUGACGCAUUUAAUGACUAUUUGCCAGAGAGGUUGUCCAACAUUAAGAAGGCAACUCAAUCGAGCAUGGAGCAAAAGAUCCAGAAGGGCAAGUUCUCGUCGAGACCGCUGCAUGAAGUGAUCGAGGAGCGACAUCAGCACGAGAUGAACGACACGGCGGCUCGUGUGAAUGAGCAAAAGCUGCAGAAGCAACGGAGCGAGCCGCGGUACUUGUCAGCAAGUCGCCCUUCAACAGGGAGUGGGGUGUCGGUUGGUACGAGUGCCUUUGAAAGUCCGCGCUCCUGUAAGAGAGGGGUGAGUCGCCACAGCUUCGAUGGGGAGAGCUUGGUGUCGGAUCGAAACAUGGCUACAAUUGAGCCUACGUCUAUUCAAGGCGACGACAAUGACGCAAAGGAUGGGAAUUCCACAAGCAGUGUCUACUCGGGGGACGAUGAGAUUGAGCUCAAGGGCGUGACUAUGGCGUCGCCCCCACAUGUGCGCAAGAAAAGCAGCGCAGAUAACUUGUGGCAGCCAUGGGAGCUCGCACGAGAAUCUGUACGUGGCCCAGGGGCAUCUAUUCUUUCGUCAGAUGGCAAUGCGACGGCAAACGUUAAGCGUUAG